AUGGCCUACGCUAAUCAUAACGACGGCACUGGCCGGAAUGUCAACAUGUCCAAAUCUGAAACCGACCUGGCCAUCAACAUCCGUAAAGCCACCAGCAUCGAGGAGACCGCUCCCAAACGUAAGCACGUCCGAAGCUGCAUCGUCUACACUUGGGAUCACAAGUCCUCUCAAUCCUUCUGGGCCGGCCUCAAAAUCCAACCUAUCCUCGCCGAUGAAGUCCAAUCCUUCAAAGCCCUCAUUACCGUCCACAAGGUUCUACAAGAAGGCCAUCCUGUCACCGUGAAAGAGGCGCAACAGAAUGUCAAUUGGGUAGAGACUGUGGCAAGAGGUGUCAAUGGCGAGGGACUUCGUGGUUACGGUCCUCUCAUCAGAGAAUAUGUCUUCUUCCUGCUCGCCAAACUAGCCUUCCAUCGUCAGCAUCCAGAGUUCAAUGGCUUGUUCGAGUAUGAAGAGUACAUCAGCUUGAAGUCCAUUAACGACCCCAAUGAAGGUUAUGAGACCAUCUCUGAUCUCAUGACUUUGCAAGAUCAGAUUGACACUUUCCAGAAAUUGAUCUUCUCUCAUUUCCGUGGAGGCGCCAACAACGAAUGUAGGAUAGCUGCUCUCGUCCCACUGGUUCAGGAAAGUUAUGGUAUCUACAAGUUCAUCACUAGCAUGCUUCGAGCAAUGCACACGACUACUGGUGAUGAUGAAGCUCUCGAACCCUUGCGCACCCGAUACGACGGCCAGCAUUAUCGCUUGGUCAAGUUCUAUUACGAAUGUUCUAACCUGCGAUAUCUGACCUCCCUCAUCACCGUCCCGAAACUUCCCCAAGAUCCUCCUAAUCUCCUCGCCGAAGACGAAGAAAAGCCUGCCUUACCAAGACGUCCUGCCAAAGAAAUUGAAAGGGCGCCAUCUCCAGUGGCCAAGAAUGGUACACCGGACCCCAAAGACAUGGAAGAUUUCUGGUCAAAAGAAGCUCAGAGACAACAGGAAGAAUAUGAAAAUGAGCAAAGACGUCUACAACAGCAAUGGGAGGAACAGCAACGGCAACAGUUGUUGUCUCAACAGGAAGCGCAGCGCGCCUUCGAGGAUCAGCAAAGGAUGCAGGCAGAACAACAGCGCCUUGCGCAGGAACAACUUCUACGGGAUCAAUAUGCAGCUCAGACUCAAGGACGGCUUGCUGAAUUGGAACGAGAGAAUCUAAAUGCUCGAGCCCAGUAUGAAAGAGAUCAACUGAUGCUACAACAAUACGACCAAAGAAUGAAGGCGCUUGAGGAGCAACUUAACCAGCUCAACAAUAAUUACCAGUUGCAAGCUCAAUCCAAAGAUGAUCAGAUUGCUUCUCUUCAAGAACAGCUCAACACGUGGCGAAACAAAUAUGAAGCCCUGGCCAAACUAUAUUCGCAAUUGCGACAGGAACAUCUGGAUCUGCUGCAGACCACCAAAUCCCUGAAAUUGAAGGCUGCAUCGGCCCAAGAGGCCAUCGAACGGAGAGAACGCCUCGAACGUGAGAUGAAGACCAAGAAUUUGGAAUUGGCAGAUAUGAUCCGAGAACGAGAUCGAGCUCUCCAUGAAAAAGAUCGCAGUCAAGGUGGACAUCGUGAAGAACUCGAGAAGUUAAAGCGAGAGCUACGAUUCGCUCUAGAAAGAGCAGAGAAUGCCGAAAAAGCAAAGGGAUCCGAGCUCUCAUCCAUGUUGACAAAAUAUAAUCGUGAGAUGGCCGAUCUUGAAGAAGCCGUGCGGUCCAAGACAAGGCAACUCGAUGAGAUCCGAUCCAAGCAUGGGGAACGGAACUUCGACCAUGAAGCAGCCCUGCGUGAGAAAGAUGACGAAAUUGAGAUCUAUAAGUCUGGCAUGGAGCAAGCCCUGGAAGAGCUCGAAGAACUCAAGCUUGGUGGCGGUGAAGCUGAUGGUGCUCUUGACGGUGCCAUUGACGAGGUCAUUAACAGCAACAUCACGAAAAUCAACGACAUUAUUGAUUCAGUUCUUCAAAGUGGAGUGCAGCGAGUGGAUGAUGCCAUGUAUGAACUCGACUCGCCCAUGCAAGCCGGUAAUCAGAAUGCCACUGCUCCUUAUGUGCUGUCUCAGAUUGAAAAAGCCUCUGCUAGCGCGACAGAGUUUUCUACGGCUUUCAACAACUUUGUUGCAGAUGGUCCCAACAGUCCUCAUGCCGAUAUCAUCAGAACAGUAUCUGUCUUUGCUGCCUCAAUUGCUGAUGUCUUGUCUAAUACCAAAGGUUUGACGCGAUUCGCGACGGAAGACAAGAAAGGAGAUGAAUUGAUCAAUUCCGCCCGCCAAUCCGCAUUAGCGACCAUCAAUUUCUUCCGCAGUCUGCAAUCUUUCCGCCUGGAGGGACUGGAACCUAUGCAGAAGAGCGAUGUCGUGAUCAACAGCAAUCACGAUGUACUGAUGAAAUUGCAACGAUUAUCGAAAUUGGCCGAUGCAUUCGCACCCAAGGGCAGCAAACUCACCACCUCUGGUGAUCUGGGUGAUCUUGUGGACUCGGAACUGACCAAGGCUGCCAACGCAAUCGAAGCUGCCGCAGCGCGUCUCGCUAAGUUGAAGAACAAACCUCGCGAUGGCUACUCGACAUACGAACUCAAGAUCAAUGAUGCAAUCCUCGAAGCUGCACUGGCCGUCACAACCGCCAUCGCCGCACUGAUUAAAGCAGCAACAGACUCGCAGAACGAAAUCGUCAAAGAAGGCCGAGGCUCUAGUUCACGCACAGCCUUCUACAAGAAGAACAACCGCUGGACUGAAGGCCUCAUCUCAGCCGCCAAAGCCGUAGCCACCUCGACAAAUACGCUGAUCGAAACCGCUGACGGCGUCAUAUCUGGCCGUAACAGCCCGGAACAGCUGAUCGUGGCGUCCAACGAUGUGGCGGCAUCGACAGCCCAACUGGUGGCCGCAUCCCGCGUGAAAGCCAGCUUCAUGUCCAAGACCCAAGAUCGUCUGGAGCAGGCUUCGCGUGCUGUUGGCGCGGCGUGUCGCAGCCUCGUCCGCCAAGUCCAGGAUAUCAUCAAGCAGCGCCAGAAGGACGAUGGCGAUGCCGUCGACUAUGCGACGCUUAAUCCCCAUGAGUUCAAGGUCCGCGAGAUGGAGCAGCAGGUCGAAAUCCUCCAGCUUCGCAACGCCCUCGACGCCGCAAACGGCCGUCUCAGUGAAAUGCGGAAGAUCUCGUACCGCGAUGAUUAA